CAAGGCACCUUCGAUCGAUGGUUACCUGUCAAGAAUUAAUUGAAAAAAAUAGGUAAUAAUUGCUAUUUUGUGUAUGUAACUACAUACCAAAUACAUUUUUCAAUUAAAAUUUUAUAAACGAGAACGUCAUAAGGAGCGUAACACGAGUGUUGUACAUAGUCCAGAUAAAUCAAUGUUUUCUAUCAAUAAUUUUAGGUUUAUCACAUAGUGAAAGUGUUUUUGUAUAUAUAUUACUUUGUAGUGACAAGGCUUUUCGUGCUAGUAUAACAUAUGUAAUAGUGGUUUCUAUUCAAAUGUUACGCAAUAAUAGAUAGAACAGGAUGUCUUGGAUGAAGAGGUCGAAUGCUGGCGAACCGCCGACCGGUCAAGACCAGACGUCCUAUGGGUCGAGUCAGCCAUAUGGAGGUCAACAAAGUAUGUACACAAAUCAGCAAGGUGGCCAAACAGUGCAACAGCAACAACAAAUGUGGCAAAUGCAACUACAGCAACAGCAGCAGUACAAUCAGCAAUACACACAGUCCUUCCCCCAACAAGCAGGGGUAGGAAAUACAAAUCAGUUGUAUCAAUCAUCACCUGUGUACAAUCAAACAUAUGCAGCCAGUCAAAAUUAUGAUCCUCCACAACAGAGAUUUCCAACACAACAGCAGCAACUACAACAACAACAACAUUAUUAUCAAAAUGUUCCUCAACAACAAGUGCACCAGAAAAUUGAGGGCAAUAAGGAUGCAUGGGAGGAUAAUUGGGGUUGGGGCUGGGAUGACCUAUCUAAACAGAAUGUGAAAUCGGGACAAAUAAAUUUACAGCAACAAAAUAGUCAGGCUCAAAGUUACAGUAAUACAAAUGCAAAUAUAAUUGAGGAAAGUUUUGCAACUACAGAUAAUUGGAAUUGGUCACUGGAAGAGAAACAAAGUAACAAACAUGAGUCUGCGUCCAACAUUCAAGUCCAAGAGUUUUCAGGACCUAUUCCAAAUGUAUCUCAAAAUCAAAUUAAUGCUAAUAAUUUUCCAGAGGUGUCACCUAGUACAGAAAUAACUGACAAUGUGGCAUUGCCCACUGAUCAUGUUAAAUCUCUUAAUGACAGAGAUGUAGUAAAGGAACAAAUGCCUAAUUUGGCACUAGGAAAGCGGUUUCAUUUAGAAAAUUUAACUCCACAGUGGUCAAUAGAAUCCCAAAUGUCCCAAGACUCUAGUGAUGGCCCACUCACUCAUUCAGAAGAGACGCAUAGUACAUAUAGAAGUGAAAAUCAGUCACGGAAUUCUGAUAAGAGUAGUCCUGGACCAAAUACUGAUUCCUCUAACCUUAAUUACAAUCAAAACACAGAUAAUUCUACAAAUGAAAACACACUAAAUUUUCGAGAGGAUACUCUUACACAUGACAAAAUGCCAUUCAAUACUAACAUGCAACAGGCUGAUUUAUUAGCUCAGUCUGUCAGAGAUAUGCACAUUAAUAGCACUGUAGCUACAAGUCCUAUACAAAUCAGUGAAGGAAUCAAUAUUUCAACAUCUAAUAUUGGUCCCAAUGUGACGACUAGACAGUCUCCUAUGCCUCCCCCUCCCCCUGUAGCAACUGGAUAUCUCACUAGGCCCACAUCAUCUCCACCACUACCACCAAAAAACUUGUCUUCUAUUCAAGCUUCUGCAACAAAUGCAGUACCACCAGUUCUAAGUUUGAGUAAUACUAUUUCACAAUCAAACAUGUCACAAUCUCCAUCAAACUAUCAAUCAUCAGUGCCACAGAAUCCUUUCAAACAUGCAGGUACAUUCACCCAUAAGCCCAUUUCCAAGAUGCCUCAUAGCAUGACUCCACCAAUAUCUUCUGGGGGAGGAUUAACAUCUCCUCUUAUAGUUAAUAAAAUAUCACAUCAAGAUAAUGUUCCAUCAAGUUUUGGUGCUAAUUUGGAAACCACACCAGACAACUCUGAACAGCCAGACGAGCUGUUGGCUUCAUCUAUGUAUAGAACAUCAUCUGCUGUCACACAACAUGUACCAGAUAAUUUAGAAGUUGCGCCACAAAAUGAUAGAAAUGAAUAUUUACAAACAGCACAUCUCUCUGGCAGUGAUUAUGGAGAAAAUACUGACUUUAGUCGUCCUCCACCAAGUAGUUCUAGGAGAAUGGGUGUAGGUCAACAAGAUAUGGAAUAUAAUCAAAACUUAAAUGUAUCUGGUGAAGAACCACCACCAGGACUAGCAAGAAUGGUCCCUGGGCAACAAAAUGAAUCUGACAGUUGCUACAACCAACCUGGUGAAGUGUAUAUGGAUCGCCAUGUUGAUGGUCAACCUACAGAAAAUAUUUCUAGGCCUUAUAGAAGAGCAGAUGGGCAGCAGUUACCAGAUAAUUAUGCUCAAACACCUCCAAUGAGAUCUACCGAAAGAAGACCACUUGGUUUUGACAGAAUGGUACCAGGAGAGCCAAGCAAUGAUGAAUAUUCUCAGUAUCAAAAUACCAACUUUAGUAGUGCAAAUGAGCCUAGAGUAGUCACAGGUGUGGACAAUACUUUCCCUAUCAUGGCAGACAUAGCUUUGUCAGAGCUGCGUGAGCAAAAUGUUGAUGGCUCUGAUUAUAUGGAUCAGAACAUGAGAAAUACAUCCAGAAAUGUAAUUGGUGCUGUAGAAGAUAAUAAUACUGUGGCACCUGAUUAUAGUGCACCUGUUGAGGAUCAACAGAGAGACAUCAUUAUGGAAGGAGAAAACUUACAAGACUUGAGUACUGUUCCAUCUGUUGAAAUGUCAGUAAGAGAACAUUCAUAUGAGAGCAUAAAUGAUGGACUUGAAAGAAAUGAUUUGAUUUCCAAGGAAUAUCAACCAAAUGGAUCUCGUAGACAAUCACUCAACCAUGGUUCUUCUGCUGGUGAUUCUGAGGGUGACAGAGGGUAUAAGCCAUCUCUCAGGACCGAUAGGGAUAAACAUAAAUCAAUUAGAGAUCGAGAGAGGGUUUUGGAUAAAGACAGCAGAUACCAUCAUGAUGAACGAAAUUACGAACGGGAAUCGGAGCGGAAGAGGGAUGACAGGCGACCAGAUAAAGAUAGAAAGGAUAAGAAUCGUGAACGUAAAGAGAAUAGCCCUGAUUUACGAAAACCUCGACGAAGUAACCGCAGUCACCGUUAUGAAACUGAAGACACAGACUGCUAUAGUGACAGGGAAAAAGAUCGCAGACGAUACCGCGAGGGUUCAUAUGCAUCAAAACCGCCGCGGCCCGAUGACAAGGAGCGGCGAUACGAGGAGCGAGAGAGAAGUAAACGGCACAGUACAUUAGAACGAGAGCGGAGGUACGAGGACGAGAGAGACGGAGAGGGCCGCGGCCGACGGUCGGAGCGCCGCGACCGCUACGAGCGGCGAUACAGAGACAUCGACCCUCAGCGCAAGCACGGCACUCGGCGCCGGGAGAAGGAGGACGAAGAGCGCCGCAGGGUUGUGAAAUUUUCAAGUGAUACAAAGUCGGACAGUAGUAAAGGUGACACGUACUCGUCGGGCUCCCGCGCCGGAUCCCGCGAGGCGACCGCCACCGACGAAGACCCAGACGAGCCAAGAAGACGACCGCCUCGUGACGACAGGCGCCGCCGCCGGCCGCGUCCCACGGAGCCCUACUACGACGGGUACGGCGCGGCCGACCCAUACCUGGCGCAGCGCCAGCAGUACGAGUACUACGAGCGGCUGCGGCGCACCGACCCCGCCGCCUACAUGCGCCUCUACAAUCAGCUGAUGGCGGGCCACGCGCCGCACUACGCCUACCCAGGCGGCUGGCCGGGGGCGGGGCACGAAGAGCGCAGCAGCGUGCAUUCGGGCCGCUCUAGCGCCAACGGACUCAAAGGGAACGACACGGAGCUGACCACGGAUGCGUCUCUCAACUUGCACCUGGAGGAGUCCACCGUGCGCUCCGAGCGGAUGACUCCCUUUAAAUACUCCACCGCGCACAUUAAGGGGUCGCUGGGUGGCGCAGCCCUGGUGCUGGUUCGUGCGGCGUACCCCGCGGACGGUCGGCCCGCGCCCGUGUCGCUGCUGCCUCUAUCAGCGCUGCUGGCGCGCCACCUGCCGGCCGACCGCAUGCGCUGCAACGCGCCGCUUAUUAAAGGGGUGACGCACAAGAAGAGCGUCCUGGAGUACUGCCGAGAGCGCGCGCGGGGUGCGGGGGCGGCGCCCGACCGCAUCGGCUGCGUGCUGUUGUGGGAGUUACUGGCGCUGCUGCUCACUCAGAACGGGGUGAUCAUGGGCACGGACAUCGCCGAGCUGCUGAUGAAGAACAGCAAGGAGUACCAGCACACGGAGUCACCAGCCUCGGAUUCAGGUUCCCGCGGCGCGACCGCGGUGGUGUCCGAUCCCCGCGACCCGCCCUCGUCGGCGCCUGCUGAAACGUUACCGCAUUCAGAAGCCAGCAGGACAGGCGUGGAGAAUGAACGACACGCUGUGGACAGGUUCAGGGAAUAUUUGAUAUACGGCAACCGGCAGGAGGCUCUAGAAUGGGCGAUGCAGAGCGGUCUGUGGGGCCACGCGCUCCAGCUGGCGUCGUUCUGCGAGCGCCGCGUGCGCGCAUCGGUCACCGCGCGCUUCCUGGCCGCACUCCCGCCCGCCGACCCGCUGCACACGCUGUACUCGGCGCUGGCGGCGCGAGCCCCGCCCGCCGCCACGUGCGUGUCGGACGAACGUUGGGGUGACUGGCGCGUGCACGCCGCCAUGAUACUGGCGAACCCAUCCAACAAGCCCGACCAAGACAGACGCACGCUCACGCAGAUAGGUGAUAGUCUCGCGUCGCGUGGGCUAAUAUAUUCGUCGCAGUUUUGCUACCUGACGGCGGGAGUGCCCUUCACCCCGCACCCCCUGGCACCGUUCACUCCGCGGGACUCCGCCCCCUCAGCCCCGCCGCGUCUCUCCCUUCUGCUCGCGGACCCGAGGGCCACCACCCUCGCGAGCUUUGCGUCUGAUGAGGCGAUUUUCGCGACUGAAAUCUACGAAUACGCGAUCUCGUUGAGCCAAGACUACGUCAUCAAUGAAUUGCAGGUGUACAAGCUGGUGGCGGCGCUGCGGCUGGCGGACGUGGGCGAGUGCGAGCGCGCUCUGCGUUACGCGGAGGCGGCGUCGCGGGCCGUGCUACUGGCCCCGCACGCCUACCCCCCCGCGCUCUGCGCCGCGCUCGCACGGCUGGCGGACAGACUAAAGUACUUCGACCCGGCGCUGGCGGAGGGCGCCGCAGAGGAGGCAGGCGCGUGCGCAAUAGAGGGAGGGGAGGAGGGUGCGGGCAGCGGGGAGCCCUCGCCACGUCACCAGCAGUGGGUGACCGACAUACAGCACGUGGUGGACACGCAGGCGGCGGCAAUUUCGCAACAAAGCACACCUCAGCAUCAGCUGUAUGAGCAACAGCUGCAGCAACAAUAUCAGCAACAAUACCAGCAACAGCAAAUGAGCGAGAGUUACUCGGAGCAGCGUGAUGAAAAUACUUGGCAUGAUCAGAGCGUGCCGCCGCCGCCUGUGCCCACGUACGAGCCCUACGAGCUCAGGGAGGAGGCGCCCUACCCCGCGCAGUACGGACAGACGGUGGACGCGGCGCCCGACCCAGCCCAGACUUACCCGGAGCCCUACGCCUGGCCGCAGGACACGCACUACGGCUACCAAGACGGCUACGGAGAUAACGGACCGGCAGAGGAACCCCCCCGUGCCAUCCGCCUGCCGGGCGCUGCGCCCUCGCGCCCCCAUCUCUAUGACGACGAUGUCCGCCCACCCAGCGCCGACCAGACAGACCGCGAGUCCGAGACUCCGAAGCCGAGCAGCAAGGGCACGGAGGGCGGCAAAGCGGAGGACGGCGGGAAGAAAGGAGGCGGUUGGUUCGGCGGAAUCCUCAACAAGCUGUCUCUGCGCCCGCCCAACCAGAUGAUACUGCCGGAUGACAAGAACCCUACCAUCGUGUGGGAUGAGAACACCAAGCGCUGGGUGAACCGCGACGGUGGAAGUGACGACGUGACGCAACCGCUGCCGCCGCCUCCCGCCGCUCCGCCCGCACUCCUGGCGACGUCAACUCCGCUGCAGUCGCCGGGCGCGCUGGUCGCGGGAGGUGCCAACCUGUACAAGAUGCAGCGCGGCAGGAAUAUCAAGAAGUCGUACGUGGACGUGUUCAACCCGGGUGGUGCGGCCGCGCAGGCUCCACCCACCGCGCUGGCCCCGCCCACCGCCCUGGCCCCGCCCUCCGCGCCCGGACCGCCCCCCGCGUACUUCGUGCCCGCCCCCGCGCCGCUCCAGCACGAGAGCGACCCCCUCGACGACACGUUGCGCAGUGGCAUCUAGCACCAGCGCACUUCAACUAUCACUGGACUGAUUGGAACACCCGUCUUCGAUUAUUGCUCUGUCUGAUAGAGGAGCGCGCUGUCCAACCGUUUCUGUUCCAGUUUGUGUAAGCUCCAGUUAGUUCCACUGUAUGGUCUCAUAUUUACAAUAUUAUGUACAUUUUGUAUGCAACGAUUCGUAUCAUAAUUAGCGUUAUAUAAAAAAAAAUAAGUGAGCGACGCGUCAUGCUACCCUGUGAACACGGAAAUAUCUUCAUCGAUAACAGAAUAUUAUAAAGUUUUUAUUACUACAACGAGAAAUAUUCGUUCACUCAAAAGUGAGGUUAAAAUAAAAUCCUUUAGAAAUAGUUAAACAGCUAUACUGUACUAUAUUUGUAAUAAAAAUAUAUUUAUCUUGUUCUUCAUUAUUUAUCUAUAUAUUAUGUCUGAUACUACUUCCCUGCUCUGUGGGUUUUUAUUUUCUUAAAACAUGUCACUACUCGUACUGUAGCAUGUCUAAUAUUCGUGCAUUCAAAUAUUUUAAUAAGUAUCAAUGAGCUGUUAAUAGUACCUAAAUUCCUUCCCAAAUAUGGCCUCGUCGCUUAUGAACUCAUUAUUGUGACGAGUGUGGAGUUCUGUCAUUUAGUCGUGGUUGUAUUGUAAUGUUAUCAUGUAACACUGUACAGGGUCCAAAUAUGAUGUCGGGUUAAUUUUAUUUAAUAGUUGAUUUAUGACUAUCGAACAGCAAAUAUUUAGAUUGUUUCUCACAGGGUACGUAUAGAUCGGUCCACUGCAACUUUUACCUACAGACAGUUAACAUUGAGGCAACGACUGUUCACAAACUACUUCACCAAUACAGUCACACAGACCAGACAGUUCUCACUCUUCUAUGUAAUGAAUGCAUAUGUAUGCAACCCUGUUAUCUAAGUAUUUGUUGAUCCACGCUCCAAUAUGUAAUUAUUGAGGAAAUAUCGGAACCAUGCACUCUAUGGUCUAUGCCCCACUGCGUGACAGCUGACACACAUGGCAGCCGACAUAGAGUAGCGACAUGGGUGAGUUAAUAAACCUAAGCGCACUCGACCAUCGCAAACUAUCUAUUAUUAGUAUCUAUUAUUAUAAUUAAAAUGGUAAAUAUAUUAGGAAUUAAUUUUGUCGGAAAGUUUAGUAUUAUAAUGAAUUAUUGUUUGUUUUAUUAUUAUAGCUAAUUCAAAUUGGGCGUAUAUAAUAUAUUAUUAUUUAAUAUACAAAGGUGCAUUCGGUUCUUAUACAAAAUAAUUAAAUUAUUUCGUUGCUAUCUUAUACUGUUUAAAUAUAAAUAUAUUUUGUUUUUGUACAGACAGACAGAUGGGUUUAGUUUAUCGUAAAGUGGGAGGAUGUAGAUAGUAGAUGAGCCGGGCCCGGCGUGUAUAAUGUAUCUGUAUAUUAUGUGAUGACUUGGAAUGUAUUAUAGUGAUUCAAUAUUGUCAAAUAUUUAAAUAAAUUGUUUACGUUAAUGCUUA